AUUAAAGUGUGCUUUAAUUUAUAAAAUUAUAGUAAUUAAUAAAGAACAAUAAAAUUAAGUAAAUAUUAUUAUGGAUUUAUCACCAAACUGUGAACCAGUCGAUAAAAAGCCCAUAUUAACUGCAGAUGGUCUAAUCCAAAACACAACAAAUUCCAGUCAAACAGCAAAUAACAAUCCGGCAUCUGCCUCUAAUAGUGCCAAAACGUUGACAGCUUCGAGUCUUGACAUUGAGAUUCUGCCUGCUAUAUAUAAUAUUAUUCGCUGUGUAGAAAAGGAUCCCAAAGACAAUUCGGCGAAACAACGUGAAUCCCAGGAGUGCAGUCAAAAGAUUUUGGAACUUCAAAAACGUUUCGAAGCGGCACGAGCCCAAGUAAAAUUGUUACCUGGCAUUGAGUACAACAAAGAGGAACAGCUUCAGCAAUUAGAAUUAUUACGAAACCAAUUGAAACUCAAACAACAAUUGAUACGAAAAUAUAAGGAUAUACAAUUUUAGGGACCCAACUCUCAUUCCAACAAUAAUCUCUUUCAAAUAUGGUGUUUCGUAUACUAAUGCGUUAUUUGGCCAAUAAUGAGCAAUUAAUAAACCGCAUGGCCGAAAGUUAUCCAAUGCGAAGAGCA